UAACUUCUGACCAGGAAACAUCUGCAAGAGGAAAACACAAAGACAAGAUCGAGAAAAGAAGGGAAGAUUAUCUGGAGCAAAUAAUCCAACCGGGCAAUAGCUUUUGCGCAUUCCCUCUUACGGAUAAUACAACAACCAAAGUUUAUUUAAAGCGAGCAUGCCUGUGUCCAGGAUGAGGAUGAGGCCGUGGCUAGAGAAGAUGAUUGAGUCCAACACCAUCUCGGGGCUGACUUGGGUUGACAAGGACCAGAAGAUGUUCUCCAUUCCCUGGAAGCACGCUGCUCGGCACGGCUGGGAGCUGGACAAGGACGCCUCUCUGUUCAAAAAGUGGGCCAUCCACACCGGGAAGUACACAGAGGGGCAGACCUCCGACCCAAAGACAUGGAAAGCCAACUUCCGCUGUGCAAUGAACUCGUUGCCUGACAUUGAGGAGGUGAAAGACAAGAGCAUCCACAAGGGCCAACAAGCCGUGCGCGUCUUCAAGAUGCUGCAUGUCACCCCAAAAUCUGAUAAACGAAGCAAAGCAAAGGUCACAAAGCAGGGGAAGACGGUAUCUCUGCAGAACCCCAUCAAGAUAGAGGAAGACACAGACUACAGCGACACUCAGUCGCCCAUGGAUGUGUCGAUGGCGGAAGAGUCCACCCAGGAGAACACGGUCGACAGUACAGUGCAGACAGAGCAGCAAGUUUGUGAUUUUGAACUUUCCACCCCUGACUGGGCUUUGUCAGUCGAGAUCGAGCCAGAGAGCUUUCCAAGCAACUUUUGCCCGAGAUUUCAAGUUUCACCCGACCACAGCCCCGAUUACAGCUACUCCGACGACAUUGUUGAGAUUUGCAAGCAACUGGAGAGAGAAUCACACUUUAUGCCGAGCAGUUUAGACGUCAUGGGGUUCCUGAACAAUGAACCAUGCACCAGUCCAGGAAGCCAUUGGAGUGACUCUUCCUCAGCCGACGAAUUAGACGAAUUGCCACAUUACACAAAUUUGUCAUCAGAAACUGCCACUGAUGCCCUCUGGAAUGGGUUAUACCAUCAGGUGAACUCUUUGCUCUGAGGGUCCCAGGACAGGGCAGGGCGAUGCAUUGACACUGUGAACUUUACAGGCUCCUCCUGAGCACCACCCUUCCUCAUCCUCUGGAAUCACCAUCAUCACCCCUCCACUCUGUGACAGGUGGUGUCCACACUUUAAGCUAAAGCACGGACCCCUCCCUCCCUCACUCCGUCUUUCUAUCCCAACCGUGUGUGCCGCCUGUCUGACGCCCGACGGCGGCUCCCUCAUCCUUCUCAUCUCCCUCAUCUCCCUCAUCUUCCUCAACCUUUUGAAGUUAUGAAGAGAGGAUGUGACGUGCACUGUUGUUAUAGGAAUUUCUGUUCAUUAUCUAUGUUUUUGGCUGGUUCAACACAUUUUUGAUGCUCAGUAAUAAUAAUAAUAGCCUAGGCAUCUUACUCAACUAUAAAUACAUGCUCACCAAUACGUACCCUUCAAAAUAAAAAUAGGCUUGCACAUGCAGUUCACUUAACAUUAAACAGGCUAUAAAUGUAUGGUAUCAAAUGUGUCUUUCAGGUUUCUUUCCGUUAAUGAGUGCAUAUUAGCGAUUAGUCAAUCAAUCCUCUCAACCUCUGGUAAAAUCCUGUCUUCAUAAUCUUGCAGCUGUUUUGCUUAAGGCAGUAGUAAAUGGUUUCUGUAAAUAGAUGUUUUUGUCUUUGUGUUUUUAUACAAUAAAAAAAAAUCU